AUGAACGAGACCGGAGUACUAACUCUGGCUCCGGAGCCAUGUGAGCAGCAAAUGACACCGGAGGACAACAGUGGGAACUGUAGUGUGAGUUCUGGCGAGAACCUGUCGCUGCACUGCUGGCUGCAGCUGCUCACCAAGGAGUCCAAUGCGGAAUUCCAAGGGGAUACUUCCAGCCUGGUGGUACGUGUGAUGAUUGCGUGCGUCUACUCUGUCGUCUGCGCGUUGGGGCUGGUGGGGAAUGUGCUGGCACUGUAUCUGCUGCACUCACGUUACAGACAGAAGCAAUCGUCUAUCAACUGCUUCGUGAUGGGGCUGGCUAUCACCGAUCUGCAGUUCGUCCUGACUCUGCCCUUCUGGGCGGUGGACACGGCUCUGGACUUCCGGUGGCCUUUUGGCCGAGUCAUGUGCAAAAUUAUCAGCUCCGUGACCACCAUGAACAUGUACGCCAGUGUUUUCUUCCUCACUGCCAUGAGCGUGGCACGUUACUAUUCCAUCUCAUCUGCGCUGAAGAUGCACAGCAGGAGAGCAGCGGCCACCCGCGCCAAAUGGACCAGCCUGGGCAUCUGGGUUGUGUCUCUGUUGGUCACGCUGCCACACGCUAUUUAUUCAACCACCGCCCAGGUGUCGGAUGAGGAACUUUGCCUGGUGCGCUUCCCGGAUACGGCAAACUGGGACCCGCAGCUCCUUUUAGGUUUGUACCAUCUGCAAAAGGUCCUUUUGGGCUUCCUCAUCCCUCUGAUCAUCAUCAGUGUCUGCUACCUACUUCUCUUGCGCCUGGUCCUCAGCCGCCGCAUUUCAGGUGCCGGCGGCCCAGAGGUGGAGCAAGGUCGUCAAAACCGUCGUUCCAAAGUCACCAAAUCCAUCGUGAUUGUGGUUCUGUCCUUCUUUCUGUGCUGGCUUCCCAAUCAGGCACUGACCCUGUGGGGAGUGCUGAUCAAGUUUGAUCUGGUGCCCUUUAGCAAGGCUUUCUACAACGUGCAAGCCUACGCCUUCCCGUUGACCGUGUGCCUGGCGCACACCAACAGUUGCCUCAAUCCGGUGCUCUACUGCCUGAUCCGACGUGAGUUCCGGGCGGGUCUCAAGGAGAUUGUCCUUCACACCACGCCAUCUUUCAGGGGCCUGACUCAUCUGCUGAGACGCAAAGGCAAAGUGGCAGAGGCCCCCCCCGUUAUGGUUCUGGUCCAAAUGGAUGUGUGA